CAGUCGUCUCUUGACGUCCAAAAAAAAAAAACUAAGUCGUCGUCUCUCAACCCUGCCAAAAAACCAAAGGACGCAUUGACUCAGCAGCUCAGGUCUAGCUGGUUUAAUUUUUUUUUGUUUUUUUAUGGCAAACUAACUAAUUUACAAUUAAAAAAGUUACGCAUUGAUCCAAUAAAAAGAACAUUUUUUACGGUGUGGAUACCAACAGUAAUUUUUUUAUAAACAAUUUGCAAUAAUAUAUGGCGAAAAUGCAUAACUAGUUAUUAAUUUUGCAAAAAAUCAAAAAAAACCCAGCUAAACCUGAGUUGCUGAGUCGUCCUCUCUCUUUCUCUCCUGAGUGAGGAGGAGUUCUCUGGUAAGAAAAAUAAGAAAGAACAACAUCAAUGGUUUCUUGAAAACAUUCCACAAACCCCAAAUUUCUCAAGUAAAUCUGAGAAAAAAAGAAACAUCUCAGUAACCAAAAGAGAGAGAAAGAGAAACAAAGAAGAACCACAUCGAGAGAGAAAGGAAGAAGCUUUAUCUUUUUCUCCUCAAGAGAGCAAGAAUGGUGGAUGUGAUUCCAAAACACAUCAAACACGUCUGGGAUAAAUGGAACAUAAGAGGAGCGGUCAUUCUAAGUCUUACUCUUCAAGCCAUUCUCAUUUGCUUCUCUCCGCUAAGGAAACGCACACCAAGAAGGCUCUUGAUCAUGCUCGUUUGGUCCUCUUAUCUCUUGGCAGAUUGGUCUGCUAAUUUCGCUGUUGGUCUCAUCUCCAAAAAUCAAGGUAAAGAACUCAAACCUGAUGACCCUCCACAGGACAAAAAGCUCAUGGCUUUAUGGGCACCCUUCUUGCUCUUGCAUCUUGGUGGACCUGACACAAUCACAGCGUUCGCGCUUGAAGAUAACGCUCUCUGGCUCAGACAUGUCUUUGGGCUAGUCUUUCAGGCAAUUGCUGGUGUCUAUGUGGUUCUCCAGUCACUUCCCAAUAGCCUUUGGGUGGUUAUACUCUUAGUGUUCAUUUCUGGGACUAUAAAGUAUCUGGAGAGGACAACGGCUUUAUAUAGUGCCAGUUUGGACAAGUUUAGGGACUCUAUGAUUCAAGCACCAGAUCCAGGACCAAACUACGCCAAGCUCAUGGAGGAGUACAAGGCCAAGAAAGAGGCAAAACUACCCACCAAGAUCAUUCUGAUUGAUGAGCCUGACAAGGAAAAUAGGCCUAAGAAAUUAGAGCAUCCAUCAUUAGCCUUGAAGAGAAAAAAAACGUUGACCCAUCUUGCGAUAGCUCAGUAUGCUUACAAGUUCUUCAACACAUUCAAGGGCCUUGUUGUCAACCUUAUCUUCAGCUUCAGGGAGCGUGACGAGAGCCUCGAGAUCUUUGAGAAUUUGGUAGAUCCAGAGGAAGCUUUGAGGAUUAUCGAGAUCGAGCUUGGUUUCCUCUAUGAUGCUCUCUUCACCAAGAUCGCGGUUCUUCAUACUGUUUUUGGAACUGUAUCUCGGGUUGUUGCUUCUGGUACCCUUGUGGCCGCAUUCAUUAUCUUUCAUAAGAAAGAUAACAAAGGCAGCGAAUUUCAUCCAGCUGAUGUUGUGGUUACUUACACGCUGUUUGCAGUUGGCCUAGUUUUGGAUUUCAUAUCCAUCCUCUUGUUUGUGUUCUCAGACUGGACAUGUGCUACACAUAGUAGCUUGAAGGACGAUCCAGAAGAGCGUCUAUCAUUGAAAGAUACAACUUUCGACAAGUUACUUGGUUUAAGAAAGCUACAUUGGACGGAGCAAGUGUGCACGCAUAAGUGUACCACAGAAGGUAAGAAACCGUGUAUCACGGAACCUAAUGGUAAGUCCUACCAAAACAAAAAGGAAGGUAAUGGUAAGUGUUCAAUAGAACAGAAGCAUCAAGUGCUCACAACGACAUUCUUUCUCCGGAGGUGGUGUGGAAGCAUCAACGUAUUCAACUUUAUAGCUUUUGCCACAAAAGCAGAGGUAGUGAGGAUCCACGAUGCCAGAGGUGAUUUCCGCCGCAUCUCAUGGGAGAUCAUAUCUUUCCCAUUUAUAAAAAUUAACUGGAUUAUCCAGAAAGUUGUUGUAUGGAUUGUCGACGUGAUCAAUGAUGUACACAGAUGGAUCAGUCACAAAGUCAAUGCGUUUUCAAGAAGCCGUCCAUGGGCUCGUCGUACUAUCCACCCUAUCUAUUUCGAGUUCAUAGCCCGCAUCCCACAUUUCAUCAAAUCUGUGUGGGAUAUCCUCAGCGAGUUCUUCGACAUCUCGGAUACACUUGAUAUGGUCCAUAAGACGCUAUUUGUACACGGAGAGCCCUUGACGAAAGAAUUGUGGGAGUUCAUGUUUGAAGAGCUGAGAAACAAAUCAAAGUAUGGAGACAGUCCUGAAAAUGCCAAGAGGAUAUCUUUGGCUCGAGGAGAAUGGACUUUAAGAGAGAACCUGCCAGCGGAUGCAGAACGUGAAAAACUGGUACGUUAUGUCACAAAGGUUGAUUAUGAUCAGAGUCUUUUGAUGUGGCACAUUGCAACUGAGCUCUGUUACCAACAACACGAGGAUGAGACUAUCCCAGAGGAUGAUGAUGAAAAAAAGGAGCAUUACAGUAACCGCGAGUUCAGCAAAAUCAUUUCAGACUACAUGAUGUAUCUCCUGAUCUUACAACCCAGUCUGAUGUCCGAGGUAGCUGGAAUUGGGAAGAUAAGAUUCAGAGACACAUUGGCUGAAGCUGACAAGUUUUUCGAGAGGAGGCAUAUCGAGGACAAGAGGAGCGUGAAGAUAGCCACCGAAAACAUUCUGAACGUCAACAGCGAAACUGAGCCAAUGAGCGUGAAGGGAGAUCGAAGCAAGUCUGUGUUGUUUGACGCGAGCAGGCUAGCCAAAGACCUUACAGAGAUGGAGAAGAGACACAAAAAAGACAAAUGGGAGAUACUGAGCAAAGUGUGGGUGGAACUUCUGUGUCAUGCAGCUUGUCACUGCGACGCUACGGCUCACGUGGAGCAACUAAGCAGAGGCGCUGAGCUAAUAAACUUCGUGUGGCUUCUAAUGGCUCACUUUGGACUAACAGAUCAGUUCCAGAUCAACAAAGGAGAUGCCAGGGCCAAACUCAUUAUAGGCAAGUGAGUGAACGAACAAGAUGAACAAAAAAUUCAAUUCCGCAUUUGUAUUUCUUUCUGCUCAAAAACAAUGAACUCUUUCCUGCAUAGAGAGAUGAUGACAUUUAUUUGUAUGCUUUUGUGAUUGACUUAUCCCAGAAUAGUUUUCAUAUAAAGGGUUGUUAUGACA